CUGGGCAGUGCCCGGAGUCUCGCUAAUUCCUACAGGAACGGGCUGCUGGCCUUCGCCGGGAGGGAGGGAACAAUGGAGGCUAUUCUGGAGCGUGCGGUCGGCCUCGGAGGCCCUGAGUCACUCAGAGGCCUUGGGACGGGCCCGCGGCUCCCGAGGGGCCACUUCCGCCGCCGGGGCCCGCCGCCCUGGCCCGCCCCCGCCGAGUCCCACGAGUGAGGGGUCAGCCGAGCGCGUCCAGUCGAGGCCCCGGGGUGAUCUGGCGCAGGCGGGGUCGCAGGGAGCAGAGCGCUGGUCUGUCCUCGCGCUGAGGACCCAGCCUUGCCCAGGCACCCCCCGCGUCCGAGGGCCUGCACGUCUGGCUGCAGGUUGCCUGUGGGUUGGCCGGCCGCUCCUUCCAUCGCCUGUGAAAUGGAGGUGUGGCCCUGGGCUUUACAGAGGGAGCGUCAACCUGCUUUUAGUGACUCCGUGUAAUAAGGCGAAGAACCUGACCUGGAACCUCUUACCGAUAAUGUUUGUAGGGAGGAGUUCAGAAUGGAGUUCUCGAACAGCCAAGUGGGAGAUUCCUACCCCUGUUCCCUACCUGCAGUCAGGACUGAUCGGUUGUACUCCUCCCAAGAACCUCCAAGGUCUUCAGUCAGCUUCCAAGAUGUCGGCCCUCACUGCUGUGUUUAAGUAUAUUGAUGAAAACCAGGACCGCUACAUUACGAAACUUGCAGAAUGGGUGGCUAUCCAGAGUGUGUCUGCCUGGCCUGAGAAGAGGGGAGAGAUCAGAAGGAUGAUGGAGACUGCUUCUGCAGACAUUGAGCGGCUGGGGGGCUCCGUGGAGCUGGUGGAUAUCGGGAAACAAAAGCUCCCUGAUGGCUCGGAGAUACCACUUCCUCCCAUUCUGCUGGGCAAGUUGGGCAGUGACCCCCAGAAGAAAACGGUGUGCGUUUAUGGGCAUUUGGAUGUGCAACCUGCGGCCCUGGAGGAUGGCUGGGAUAGUGAGCCCUUCACCCUGGUGGAGCGAGAUGGCAAAUUGUAUGGGAGAGGCUCAACUGACGAUAAGGGGCCAGUGGCCGGCUGGAUGAAUGCCCUAGAAGCAUUUCAGAAAACUGGUCAGGAGGUUCCUGUCAACGUGCAGUUCUGCCUGGAAGGCAUGGAGGAGUCUGGCUCCGAAGGCCUGGACGAGCUGAUUUUUGCUCAGAAAGACAAGUUCUUUAAAGAUGUGGAUUACAUCUGCAUUUCUGACAAUUACUGGCUGGGGAAGAAGAAGCCUUGUAUCACGUACGGCCUCAGGGGUAUCUGCUACUUUUUCAUUGAGGUGGAAUGCAGUGACAAGGACCUCCAUUCUGGGGUGUAUGGUGGCUCGGUGCAUGAGGCCAUGACGGAUCUCAUUUUCCUGAUGGGCUCUCUGACAGGCAGGAAAGGGGAAAUCCUCAUCCCUGGCAUCAAUGAGGCCGUGGCGCCUGUGACUGACGAGGAGCAGGGGCUGUAUGACUGCAUCGACUUUGACAUGGAGGAGUACGCCAGGGAUGUGGGGGCUAAGACCCUUCUGCACGGCUGCAAGAAAGACAUCCUGAUGCACCGGUGGCGGUACCCAUCCCUCUCCCUCCAUGGCAUCGAAGGUGCCUUCUCUGGGUCGGGGGCCAAGACUGUGAUUCCUAGGAAGGUGAUUGGCAAAUUCUCCAUCAGGCUUGUGCCAGACAUGAUCCCUGAAGUUGUCAGUGAGCAGGUUACAAGCUACUUGACGGAGAAGUUUGCUGAGCUGCACAGCCCCAACAGCUUUAAGGUGUACAUGGGCCAUGGUGGGAAGCCCUGGGUGUCUGACUUCAAUCACCCUCAUUACAUGGCUGGGAGAAGAGCGAUGAAAACAGUCUUUGGUGUUGAACCAGACUUGACCAGGGAAGGUGGCAGCAUUCCUGUGACCUUGACCUUUCAGGAGGCCACAGGCAGGAAUGUCAUGCUGUUACCAGUGGGGUCGGCAGAUGAUGGUGCCCACUCUCAGAAUGAAAAGCUGAACAGGCAUAACUACAUAGAAGGAACCAAGAUGCUGGCCGCAUAUCUGCAUGAGGUGUCUCAGCUGAAGGACUGAGAAGCCAGCUCCCUGUGGAGGCCUGAGUCUGACCAGAAGGAGUCCUGGCCUCUGCCUUCUUCUGGUUUUCUUGGGAAAAAUCAAAGUUCCUCCCCCACUUUUCCUUGUCUGCACAGACUUCCAAGAACAGACACUGCAGGUCCAGCUGUCAGACAGCUAGAACUAGCCUGUACUGAACAGCUGGAAAUGUUCAGUGCUGGUGGCUUAGCAGGGCCAGCUGACCAACACCCGGGGAGGUGCUCAGUGGUGGCUAGUGUGACUUCACCUCUAGAAAAGCAGCCAGCAUCCCAAAGCACCAGCUCUAUAGGGAGUACUGGCUGUCACACAGGGCUACUUGUCUUUGCCUUCUGUAUCAGGUGAUGCACACUUAGGAUAUUCAGAAAGGAAAUGAGAAAAUUCAGGGGCUUCUUAUUCCAUGAUGCCCUCUUUGUGACCAGUCGCUGUCCUGUGGUCCUGUCCUUUGGUGUCCCCUCCUCUGUUAUAACCCCUCAGAGCCUAACCCAACAGUCCUAGUGGAAGAACCAUCCCAUUGUCAGCGUACACUGCUGAAUAAAGUGAAAACU